GCGCAUGACAAGUUUGAAAUUUGCUAACGGCCGCCACUGCCGUUCCUCGAAGAAGGGGUCUGGAUAUCUUUGUUGAUUUUAUGGUCUGAGCCUAAACUACCAGGGGCGGAAUAGGCGGUAUUUAACUAUUUGUGGAUGGUCAAGAUUUGGUGGGCCAAUUUUGUUGGCGCAACAGCAUAUAUGUUGCCUUUUCUUUCUUUUUUGUUUUAGUUAAUUAAUUACACACAAAGCUUUGGGUUGACAUUUAUUAUUUAGCUUAGCCUCUGUCUGUCUCUCUAUCGUCUCCUUCACUCAGUUCUCUAAGGAACGAGAAUGAAAGCUGCCUUGACUGUUCUUCUGUCGUUAGUCUGACGCCUGCUGUAGUUUAAAGGCUUCCAAUAGAACAAAUGUGAUACCUUUUUUUUUCUGCGAACAACUAAAUAAUACUACACUUCUCAGACACAACCAUACACAGACACACACACAUAUACAGAGAAACAAACAUUUAUAUUUAUACAUACACCAUUUUUUAAAAACAACAUUGUAUUAAAACAACAGCAAUUGCCAACGAAAAGGGUUAUAAAUUGAGAGAAAGAAUCUCCUUACACUUCUACCAUGGAAUUCGGCCGCAUCUGUGUCGGCCUGAACGUUGAUAUUCAACGAACUGAUGGUCGUGUUCAUUCGGCUGUUAUAAGUUGUAUCCACAAAGAAUCUCGGAGUGUUACUGUAGAAUGGUUUGAAAAAGGAGAAACAAAAGGCAAAGAGAUUGAAAUUGAAGCCAUCUUCUCCCUAAAUUCUGCCUUGGUUGAUCCUGAUGCUGGGAAAAGCAAUUCAUUAACAAAGGAUUCGUGUGGAGAUGAAAACGGUGAUGGCGACGAGGAUAACUUAACAGAGAACGAUGCUGUUAGUAUAGAAGACGACAGCUCUGAAAAAAGAUCAGAUGUUUCUAGAAGCUCCAACAAGUCUGCAAGGAAUAAUACUCAGAAAAGGUCGACACGACAAGCUUCUCAAGAUGCAUCGAGAGAAACUUCAAAAAUAAAGUCAGGUUCAUUAAGUCGUUCCCGUCCUAGCUAUGCAGUUCCACGACAAUCGGUGAUCUCUCAGAAUGGACAGUCUGUCGUAAACAAUGGAACAGACGAAAAAUCCAAAAUACCAAACAAUCAAGGUCGUCGGAAAUCCAAUUGUGUCAAAGCAGUAGAAAAAAUCAAGCAGAAACGAGAUGAAAGAAGGGCUCAUCAUCAGGCUGUCCGAGAAUUGCAAGAUACAGAGUAUGACACCACUGAUCCAAAUUGGGAGUUUCUCUCUAUGAUAAGAGAAUUCCGUACAAGUCUUGACUAUCACCCUCUCACAGGAUCUGAUGCAAUAGAAGAUCACCAAAUUUGUGUUUGUGUGAGAAAAAGACCAUUAAAUAAAAAAGAAAUAAGCCGUCGUGAAGCUGAUGUGAUAACAAUACCUAACAAGGACCAUGUAUUUGUGCAUGAGCCCAAAGUGAAAGUAGACUUGACCAAAUAUGUAGAGAAUCAAAGUUUCCGAUAUGAUUACGCAUUGGAUGAGAAUGCAAAUAAUGAAAUGGUAUAUCGGUAUGCUGCCAGACCACUAGUAGAUUGUAUAUUCGAAGGGGGUAUGGCUACCUGUUUUGCAUAUGGCCAGACAGGAAGUGGAAAAACACAUACAAUGGGAGGUGAUUUUUCUGGUAAGAACCAAGAUUGUAGCAAAGGAAUUUACGCAUUAGCAGCAAAAGAUGUCUUUAAAUUACUCCAUUCUCGUUAUAAAAAAUUUGAUCUUACUGUGAGUGCAAGUUAUUUUGAAAUUUAUAGUGGAAAGGUAUUUGACUUGUUAAACAAAAAAGUGAAACUACGAGUGUUGGAAGAUCAAAAAGGUCAAGUGAAUAUAGUGAAAUUACAAGAAAAUCAAGUUGAAAAUGUUGAUGAUGUGUUGAAACUUAUACAACAUGGUAAUGCUGUUAGAACUUCUGGUCAGACUGCUGCCAACCAGCACUCUUCUCGGUCACAUGCUGUCUUUCAGAUAAUACUCCGUCGCAGAUCUAAAGAACUUUAUGGGAAAUUUUCAUUAAUUGAUUUAGCAGGAAAUGAGAGAGGUGCUGACACUUCUAGCUCUGACAGACAAACCAGAAUGGAAGGAGCAGAAAUAAAUAAAAGUUUGUUAGCAUUAAAGGAAUGUAUACGUGCUCUUGGACGUAAAGGGGCUCAUUUGCCAUUUAGGGCCAGCAAGUUAACACAGGUUCUGAGAGACUCUUUCACUGGUGAUAAAUCAAAGACAUGUAUGAUUGCCAUGAUAUCACCUGGUAUGAAUUGCUGUGAACAUACAUUAAAUACUUUACGCUAUGCUGAUAGAGUAAAAGAACUUGGUCCUGGAGGAGGUUCUGAAGGUACGAAAACGUUGGAAAUAGUUGAAACCCCGACUCAUAUUGGAACGAUGUCUCCACAGAACAGUGAUUUAGCUUUAUUAAAAACCUCAAACGAUGAGGUGACAGAUGAAUUGUUGACAUUCCAUGAAGUUAUUAACCACAUGCAAGAUAUGGAAGAGGAACUUCUUGAUGAACAGAAAAAUGUUUUUGAUCAUACUCAAAAGUUCUUAAUUGAUAACCGAAAAUUAAUGAAGAUGACAGAGGAAGUUGAUUAUGAUGUGGAAGAAUACACAAGAUCACUGGAUGCUCUUCUCAUUAAACAGCUCAGUAAACUAAAAUCCUUUCAUGAAAAACUUAGCAAUUUUCGAAGAGAAAUGCAAGAAGAAGAAAAUUUUAGUAAAACAAUGAAGAACCGGAGGACUGCAACCAAAUAGCUUUGUUGUGAGUACCAUGAAGUUAGCAACUAAAAGAAGCAAUAGUUGCAGCAAUGUCAGAGGGAAUGUGUCAUUAGCUGUGUGUUCAGUAAGACAUCUCAUUGAGGUUCCCCCUGUAGAGAAACUACUUCACUGUUUCAUCCAUGCCAUCCUGCAACACUAUUUACCAAUAUGAUAUUUCAAUAGAGUUAUUAUUAUAACAAAAAUAUAGGCUACUUUAAGCUUCUCAUCCAGCAUCACGUUGCCUACUCAACCUGUUUGAUAUACAAUCUGAUGGUUUAUGGACCACAUCAAACUUUCAGCCUUACCUCUCUCUCUCUCUCUCUAUAUAUAUAUAUAUAUGUGUGUGUGUAUAUGUAUAUAUAAAGUCUCAAAUUAACUAAACUUACCGAAAAUAAUAAAACCUGCACAAAAAAUUA